AUGGAGGACAAGCCCGCACGGCCGCCGGUCACAUCUGUGCAAGAGACGCCUGCCCGGCCGGUGCGCGUGGAGGACCCCGUGGACUCCAUGCUGAAGGAUAUGGCCACCAUCAUCUUCUGCACCUUCCUCUUGGCUGGAUGGGUGGCCUUUGUCAUCACGUAUCCCAAGAGUGUGCACAAGCAGCAGCAGCUCCAGCACCAGCAGUUCCAGAGGCAGAUGGAGGAAAAGCUGGACCUGCUCCAGAGGCAGCAGCUGGUGUUCCAGCCUCCCUCCGACCUCCCGCUGGACCCGGCCGACUUCCUGGACGUGGUGCGGGCGCGAGCCGAGAGCUCCAACAACAGCAGCCCCAGCCUCACCCCCCGGGCCUCCAACCACUCCGACCUGUCCGUGCACGAGCUGGGGCCCUCCGGCCCCGAGCAGGACGACGCAGGAGAUGAGGAGUCCAGUAUUGUCCGAGUCGGAAACAUCUCCUUCAGUCCGAAAAACGUGCUGGGACAUGGUGCUGAGGGAACCAUUGUGUACAGGGGUCAGUUUGACAGCCGCCCCGUGGCGGUGAAGAGGAUCCUCCCGGAAUGCUUCAGCUUCGCCGACCGCGAGGUUCAGCUGCUGCGCGAGUCGGACGAGCACCCCAACGUCAUCCGCUACUUCUGCACCGAGCGCGACCGGCAGUUCCAGUACAUCGCCAUCGAGCUGUGCGCUGCCACGCUGCGGGAGUACGUGGAGCAGCCGGGCUUCCAGCGUCACGGCCUGGGACCGGUGGAGCUGCUGCAGCAGACCAUGUCUGGGCUGGCACACCUGCACUCGCUGAGCAUCGUGCACCGGGAUCUGAAGCCACACAACAUCCUGGUGUCCAUGCCCAGCGCACACGGCCGCGUGCGGGCCAUGAUCUCAGACUUCGGCCUGUGUAAGAAGCUGGCCGUGGGCCGGCACAGCUUCAGCAGGAGGUCGGGCGUGCCGGGCACUGAGGGCUGGAUCGCUCCCGAGGUCCUGAGCGAAGACUGCAAGGACAACCCGACCUGUACAGUGGACAUCUUCUCCGCGGGCUGUGUGUUUUACUACGUGGUCUCACACGGCUGCCACCCCUAUGGCAAGGCCCUGCAGCGGCAAGCCAACAUCCUCCUGGGAGCCUGCAGCCUGGAGCGGCUUCAGACAGACCGACACGAAGGCAUCGUGGCCACUGAUCUCAUACUGCAGAUGCUGAGCAUGGAGCCCCAGAAGAGACCAUCUGCUGAGAGCGUGCUCAAACACCCCUUCUUCUGGAGCCUGGAGAAGCAACUGCAGUUCUUCCAGGACGUGAGUGACAGGAUAGAGAAGGAGCCGCUGGACGGACCAAUCAUCCGGCAGCUAGAGCGAGGGGGGCGGGCAGUGGUGCAGGGUGACUGGAGGGAGCACAUCACUGUCCCCUUACAGACCGAUCUGCGCAAGUUUCGUUCAUAUAAAGGCGGAUCAGUCCGGGAUCUGCUCCGAGCCAUGAGGAAUAAGAAGCACCACUACCGGGAGCUGCCCGCAGACGUGCAGGAGACGCUGGGCUCCAUCCCCGAUGAGUUUGUGUCCUACUUCACCUCCCGCUUCCCCCACCUGCUGCAGCACACCUACAGGGCCAUGCAUACCUGCGCACACGAGCGCCUCUUCCUGCCUUACUACCACUGCAGAGGGACCCCGACAGAAGCCAUGCCAGCCCCCACACUCACCCAGCCUGUGAACGCAUUCCAGGGCUGGCCGCCUUCCCCCGCGCCGGUGGGUGAAGAGCCUGCAGCGCUCGGACCUCGCCUCCGGGGGGCGCCUCCCCUUCCCAAGUGCCUUCGCUGCGUCACUGUGGAGCCGGGAAACGGCACUGCCUAG